AUGAAUGGACUUGAUAGAGGUACAAGUACCACUUCCUCAUCAUCCUCUCCCUCGCAUAGUAUAACUUAUUCAACUGAUGAAAUUCCAAUAUUAACGUAUACCAACAAUAACAACAAGAACAACAACCUUCAUAAUCAAGAAAUUCAUAAACCUCUUGAUCAUUGUCAAUAUGAAGAAAAUACUUUUAUUGAUUGGUGUAAAGAAUCAAUUCUAAUAUCAAGAAAUCCAUUAAUUUAUCAAAAUAAUAAUAAAUGGAUUAUAUUAAUUUUAUCAGCAAUUUUAUUAGGUUAUUUAACUUCAGCUAUUGAUUUAAUUCAAGUAUCAUUAAAUGAUUUUAAAAAAGGAAUAUGUUUUAGUUCUAAAGAUUCUUGGACUUUAUUAAAUCCUUAUAUGACUUGUCCUAUGGAUGAUUGGUAUAAUUGGAAUCAAAUUUUUUUUUCAAAAAAUAUAAAUAAUCCCUUGAUUAAAUUUAUAAUUAAUUUCCCAAUUUAUUUAAUUUUAGCCAUUGGGUUUAGUUUAAUAGCAGGAUAUUUAACUUUAACUUAUAAUCGAUCAUCAUCAUCAUACAAUAAUAACUAUAUGAUUCGUCAAUCGGGGAUCCCUGAGAUUAAAUUAAUUAUAUCAGGAUUUAAUUUAAAAAUUGAUCAAUAUUUAGGAUUUAAAACUUUGAUUUUGAAAAGUAUUGCCUUGAUAUUUGUUGUUAGUUCUGGAUUAUGGUUAGGUAAAGAAGGUCCAUUAGUUCAUAUAUCAUGUUGUGUUUUCAAUAUCAUUUAUGAAAUCAUUACUAAACAUUAUAGCAAUAAUCAAAAUGAAGCCAUUAGAAGAGAAUUAUUAACUGCGGCUACUGCUACAGGUAUUUCAGUAGCAUUUAAUUCUCCUAUUGGUGGAGUAUUAUUUGUUUUAGAAAGUAUGCCUAGUUAUUUUAUCCCAACCAAAAUCAUGUGGAAUUCAUUUGUUUCCGCUACAGUAGCAACAAUUAUUUUAACAGGAUUUAAAAUAUUCACUGAUGGAAGAAAUUUUAAUGAACAAGUUUUAUUUCAAGUCAAUUUUGGUAAUUUUAGUUGGUUAUUUAUUGAAAUUAUUCCAUUUAUAACGUUAGGAAUAUUGGGAGGUAUUUAUGGUCAUUAUUUUAUUAAAUUUAAUACAAAAUUUUCUAAAUUACAAUUUCGAAAUUUAAUACGACAUCGAUUAUGUAAUUUUUUGCAAAUUGAUUAUAAAUAUGGUUCAAUUUUAGAAAUUUUAUUAAUUGUUAUAAUUACCACAAUUAUAAAUUUCCCAUUUGAAAUAUCAAAAUUACCUUUAAAUGCAUUAUUGAAUUUAUUAUUUAAAAGUUGUACUAAAGACAAUGAUAAUUCAACAACAACAACCACAACUAGUAAAGAUUUUAUAUGUCAAGAUUCUAAUGUCAGAGCAUUAUUUAAAUUAUUAUAUAUUAUGAUUGAAGGGUUUUGGUUAACUUGUUAUACAUUUGGAUUGGAUUUACCAGGAGGAAUUUUAAUGCCAAGUUUAGUAAUGGGAGCCAUGACAGGAAGAUUUUUAGGAAUAAUCACUCAAUCUAUACAACUGAAAUUUAAUUGGGAAAGUUUAGCAACUUGUACUGCUGAUUCAUGUGUUGUAUCACCAAGUUCUUAUGCAGUUAUUGGUGCUGCUUCAUUUAUGACGGGGAUAACCAAAUUAACAAUGUCAGUUGUAGUAAUAAUGUUUGAAAUGACCGGGGCUGUUACUUAUGUUUUACCAAUUAUGGGUGGAGUAAUGACAUCGAAAUUUGUUAGUGAUUGGUUGACUCCUAAUAAUAUUUAUGAUACUUGGCUUGAAAAUAAUUUCAACAAGCAAAAACCUAGCGACGAAAGUGAUAUUACAACUAUUAAUAAUCAAUUGAUAAAUCAAGGCAAGGGGACAGGAUUAAUAUCAUUUCAAAAUUUAACUAGUACGAUAAAAUCAAAAUUACCCAAUAUUAAUAUUGCUUCAUCAAUGAUCCCAUUAUUAGAAGUUAAAUGUUUAUGUUUAAUACCUAAUCAAGAACAAGAAAAUUUUACUUUAAAUUCAUUAAACUCAUUUAUUAAUAAUGAUUCUCAUGAAGGUUAUCCCAUGAUUAUAAAUUAUAAUAAUCCUAUUAUAGUUGGUUAUAUUCCUAAAUCACAAUUAUUAAAUCAAUUAUUUUUAUCAUUAUCAAAUCGAUCCAUUGAUCCUAAUUCACCCAUUUCAUUUCAAAUCACCCACAACCAAAGUAGUAUUGAUAUUCCUGAACUAAUACAACAACAAUUAUUAUUAUUAUUAUCACAACGAAAACAAGGUGUUCAAAUUAAUGUUCAACCAAUACAAUCAACAUUGAUUAUUAAUGAAAAAACUCCAAUGUUAUUAAUUAUUGAAAUGUUUGAAAAAUUACAUUUAAAUAAUUUGAUAAUUGUUAAUAGUGAAAAUGAAACUUUAAUGAAAGGAUUUAUUGAUCGAUUUAUAUUAAAUGAUUUAAUAAUUGAUAAAUUUGAAAAAUUGGUUGAUAAAUUGAAUGAUUAUCAAAUAAUUCAACAAUUUGAUAUAGAAGAAAAUAUCGGAAGAGUUGAAAUGACAGAAUUUGAUUAUAAUGAUAAUGAUAAUGAUGAUGAUGAUGAUGAAGUAACAAGAAUUGAUAGGAAAUCCAUUGAAUUGAUUACAUAG